CUGCCUGCUGCUUGCUGCACCAUGAAGUCUGCCAAGCUGGGAUUUCUUCUACGAUUCUUCAUCUUCUGCUCAUUGAAUACCCUAUUAUUGGGUGGUAUUAAUAAAAUUGCUGAGAAGAUAUGUGGAGACCUCAAAGAUCCCUGCAAAUUGGACAUGAAUUUUGGAAGCUGCUAUGAAGUUCACUUUAGAUAUUUCUACAACAGAACCUCCAAAAGAUGUGAAACUUUUGUCUUCUCCGGCUGUAAUGGCAACCUUAACAACUUCAAGCUUAAAAUAGAAUGUGAAGUAGCCUGUGUUGCAAAAUACAAACCACCGAGGUGAGAGGAGUGAACUCAUGAAGUUGUCUGCUGCACCAUCCAAAAUAAAGAUACAAGAAAAUUCAGACUGAUUUUGAAAUCUUUGUAAUAUUUCCAUAAUACUUUAAGCUUCCAUCUGUUUGCUAUUUUCCUGACCCUAGUUUUGUCUUUCCUAGAAAUUAACUGUAUGAUCAUUAGAAUGAAAGAGUCUUUCUGUCA